AUGCAAGCAGGGCUUUUGCGAGCCCUUCAUUCCCAUCCCACCACUCACAAGUACCGCCGCCUGCUGAUUGAGCGAGGCGAGCGUGUCAGCAGGUCGGUAUCGAAUCAUUGCAUCCUAGCUCCGCGACGCUGCAUGAAGCCCAAGCCAGAGACAUGCAUUGGCGGCCGCCCUCGUCAUGCAUUGGCUCUUUCUCCUUCCAUCGCAUAG